CCCGCCACUUCCGGGGCCGCCGUCCAGGGCAUGGAGCCGCGAGCGUGAGGCGCCGCCGGCCCAGGACGCCCUGCCCAGCGCGGCCGCCGCCCCGCGCCCCGGUUCGCGUCCCCGCCUGCUGCGGCCGGAAUGGGGGCCCCGUGCAGCCUUUAGAAGGCGCCGCCCCCCUGAGGCCGCCGAGCAGUUCAUGCGGAAGGUGAAGAAGCUGCGGCUGGACAAGGGGAGCCUGGACAAGGGGAGCGCCGGCGGCUGGAGGAGGCUCCUUUGCUGUGAGCGCGAGCCCGGCAGGGGUGGCAGCUUCUCACUGCGUUCAGAGGGCGCUGAGAGCAUGUCGGCGGGGGAGCCGGCGGCCGAGCGGGCGGGCGCGGGCGACACGGACGCCGCGGCCACGCGCUUCCAGGUGCCCAAGCACUCGUGGGAGGGGCUGCGCGGCAUCAUUCAUGGCAGCCGGAAGCACUCGGGGCUCGUGGCCAACAAGGCGCCGCACGACUUCCAGUUCGUGCAGAAGACGGACGAGGCCGGCCCCCACUCCCACCGCCUCUACUACCUGGGGAUGCCGUACGGCAGCCGGGAGAACUCCCUGCUCUACUCCGAGAUCCCCAGGAAGGUGCGGAAGGAGGCCCUGCUGCUGCUGUCCUGGAAGCAGAUGCUGGACCACUUCCAGGCCACGCCGCACCACGGGGUCUACUCGCGGGAGGAGGAGCUCCUGCGGGAGCGGAAGCGCCUGGGCGUCUUCGGCAUCACCUCCUACGACUUCCACAGCGAGAGCGGCCUCUUCCUGUUCCAGGCCAGCAACAGCCUGUUCCACUGCCGGGACGGCGGCAAGAACGGCUUCAUGGUGUCCCCCAUGAAGCCGCUGGAGAUUAAGACCCAGUGCUCGGGGCCGCGGAUGGACCCCAAGAUCUGCCCGGCCGACCCCGCCUUCUUCUCCUUCAUCAACAACAGCGACCUGUGGGUGGCCAACAUCGAGACGGGCGAGGAGCGGAGGCUCACCUUCUGCCACCGGGGUGAGCCAGGCCUGUCCAGCGUCCUCGACGACCCCAAAUCCGCGGGCGUGGCCACCUUCGUCAUCCAGGAGGAGUUCGACCGCUUCACAGGGUACUGGUGGUGCCCCACGGCCUCCGAGGAAGGCCCCGAGGGCGUCAGGACGCUGCGGCUGCUCUAUGAGGAGGCGGACGAGUCCGAGGUGGAGGUCGUGCACGUGCCAUCCCCCGCGCUGGAGGAGCGGAAGACGGACUCGUACCGGUACCCCCGGACAGGCAGCAAGAACCCCAAGAUCGCCCUGAAACUGGCCGAGUUUCAGACUGACAGCCAGGGCAAGAUCCUGUCAGCCCAGGAGAAAGAGCUGGUGCGGCCAUUCAGCGCCCUGUUCCCCAGAGUGGAGUACAUCGCCAGGGCCGGCUGGACCCGCGACGGCAACUACGCCUGGGCCAUGUUCCUGGACCGGCCCCAGCAGCGGCUGCAGCUCGUCCUGCUGCCCCCAGCCCUGUUCAUCCCGACCCCGGAGAGCGAGGAGCAGCGGGCGGCCUUCGCCAGGGCCGUGCCCCGGCACGUGCAGCCGUACGUGGUGUACGAGGAGGUCACCAACGUCUGGAUCAACGUGCACGACAUAUUCUACCCCUUCCCCCAGCUCGAGGGCCAGGAGGAGUUCUGCUUCCUGCGCGCCAACGAGUGCAAGACGGGCUUCUGCCACCUGUACAGGGUCACUGCCCUCCUGAGGCCCCGCGGCUACGACUGGGCCGAGCCCCUCAGCCCCGGCGAAGAUGAAUUUAAAUGUCCCAUAAAGGAGGAGGUGGCCCUGACCAGCGGUGAAUGGGAGGUGUUGGCAAGGCACGGCUCCAAGAUCUGGGUGAACGAGGAGACCAAGCUGGUGUACUUCCAAGGCACCAAGGACACACCGCUGGAGCACCACCUCUACGUGGUCAGCUACGAGUCGGCCGGCGAGAUCGUGCGCCUCACCACGCCCGGCUUCUCCCACAGCUGCUCCGUCAGCCAGAACUUCGACAUGUUCGUCAGCCACUACAGCAGCGUGAGCACGCCGCCGUGCGUGCACGUGUACAAGCUGAGCGGCCCUGACCACGACCCCCUGCACAAGCAGCCCCGCUUCUGGGCCAGCAUGAUGGAGGCGGCCAGCUGCCCCCCGGACUACGUGCCCCCCGAAAUCUUCCACUUCCACACGCGCUCGGACGUGCGGCUCUACGGCAUGGUCUACAAGCCACACGCCGUGCAGCCCGGCAAGAAGCACCCCACGGUGCUCUUCGUGUACGGGGGCCCGCAGGUGCAGCUCGUGAACAACUCCUUCAAAGGCAUCAAGUACCUGCGGCUGAACACGCUGGCCUCGCUGGGCUACGCCGUGGUUGUGAUCGACGGCAGGGGCUCGUGCCAGCGGGGGCUGCGCUUCGAAGGGGCCCUCAAAAACCAGAUGGGCCAGGUGGAGAUCGAGGACCAGGUGGAGGGCCUGCAGUUCGUGGCUGAGAGGUACGGCUUCAUCGACCUCAGCCGCGUCGCCAUCCACGGCUGGUCCUACGGAGGCUUCCUCUCGCUCAUGGGGCUCAUCCACAAGCCGCAGGUGUUCAAGGUGGCCAUCGCGGGCGCCCCGGUCACCGUGUGGAUGGCCUACGACACGGGCUACACGGAGCGCUACAUGGACGUCCCGGAGAGGAACCAGCACGGCUACGAGGCGGGCUCUGUGGCCCUGCACGUGGAGAAGCUGCCCAACGAACCCAACCGCCUGCUCAUCCUCCACGGCUUCCUGGACGAAAACGUGCACUUUUUCCACACGAACUUCCUCGUGUCCCAGCUGAUCCGAGCCGGAAAACCUUACCAACUGCAGAUCUACCCCAACGAGAGGCACAGUAUCCGCUGCCCCGAGUCGGGCGAGCACUACGAGGUGACGCUGCUGCACUUUCUACAAGAGUACCUCUGAGCCCGACAGCACAAGCGGCCGCCGCCGCCGCCCCGGGGACCAGGCCGGGCCGGCCUGCGCCCGCCGCCCGCCCGCGCGGUCAGCCUUCCGCGGCCGAGGACCCGGCGCAGCCCUGGGCGGCCUCGCCGCCGCCCCCGCUCAGACGCAUGCGAUUGCCUGUCCCCCAGCCCCCCACGUUUGUGCUUUGUUCGGGGGACGUUUCAAGUAUUUAACAGAACGCGAGGGGUGCUCAGCCUGGAGUCGGGGCCGCGGCCCGGUGAGGGGCGUCGGCCGGCACCCGCGGACCCCCGACGGCCGGAGCCCGGGGGCGCUCGGCGGCUGCGGCCCGGCCCGCCCUGCCCGGGGGUGGGGCUGGGGGCCGAGGCCGCGCCCACCUCAGGGUUGAUCUCCCUCCCUCCCCUCCCCUCCCCGCCAAGAGUUCCGGCAAAAAAAAAGCUAAACAAAAAAAGUCCCCCGAAACAAACCUCUACAUAUUAUGGAAAAAAAGAUAUUUUUGUCGAUUCUUAUUCUUUUAUAAUUAUGCGUGUAAGUAGGACUCAUUAAACGAUUCCAGACGGAG